AAAAAUGUGGGGUAUAAUAUAAUUAAUGAAGGGGCGGGUGUGGCAAUAUAAAAGACGACAAGGGACUAGAGAUGAAAUCAAAGUGGAGGAUCGGAACAGAAUUUGAAAGAGUGACCGUUAGAAGUGCGGAAGGCAACAAAACCUGAGAAUCAACAUCGACAGAUUUGUGAAGCCGAGCAGAGCAGAGCAGCCACGAUGACCCAGCAAGACAAAGACCACACCAACUCCCUCGUCCCCUUCCUGUUAAGCGCUUUGAGAAAAUCAAUGGUGUCAUGUCGGAUGCAACCACCCGACGAUGUGAUCUCCGCCGUCCCUCAUGACUUCGAAACCGGAUGGCCCACCAACGUUCAGCACAUCACUCACGUCACUUUCGAUCGCUUCAAUGGCUUCCUGGGUCUGCCUGUCGAGUUCCAGCUCGAAAUUCCGGGUCGGGUUCCCAGCGCCAGUAAAAGUGUGUUUGGCGUCUCAGCUGAAUCAAUGCAGUGCUCUUAUGAUUCAAAGGGGAAUAGUAUCCCCACUAUUUUGUUGCUAAUGCAGGAGCGUCUGUACUCACAGGGAGGCCUGAAGGCGGAAGGAAUUUUUCGCAUAAACCCAGAGAACAGUGAAGAGGAGAAUGUGAGGGAGCAGUUGAAUAGGGGGAUUGUGCCCGACGACAUCGAUGUGCACUGCUUGGCAGGCCUAAUCAAGGCCUGGUUCCGGGAGCUUCCUUCCGGAAUUCUUGAUGGACUUUCUCCAGAGCAAGUUCUUCACUGCAACACAGAAGAAGAAUACGUUGAACUUGUGAAGCGACUAAAGCCCACAGAAGCUGCCCUGCUCACCUGGGCUGUUGAUCUCAUGGCUGAUGUUGUUGAGCACGAAGAACACAACAAAAUGAACGCGAGAAAUGUUGCCAUGGUUUUCGCUCCGAACAUGACUCAGAUGUCCGAUCCAUUAACUGCUCUGAUGCAUGCGGUCCAAGUGAUGAACUUGCUCAUGACUCUUAUAAUGAAGACACUCACAGAACGAGAAGAUGCCGCGGCAUGUUCGCCCACGUCGUUUCAUUCAUCUGAGGAUGAAUAUGAAAGUGGGGAAGAAAUGGAUACUAGUAAUGACGAAGGGGAAGGGGACGAGGAAGAAGAGCAAGAGCAAGAGGAAGCCGAACCUUCAUGUGAGAGAGAAAAAUAUGCUAUGUCGUUUACUGAAAGCGAAACCGGGCAAUCCUGUUCCAGUUCUUCAUGCGAAGAAAAGUCCGUGAGAUCUAGUGUUGACACAAGCAGUCCACCGAUAAAAUGUGCAGGCACUAGUAACGUGGAGAUAACUGCUAAAUUAACGGACCCUUCCCCUGGUGCCACUGUCUGCAUCUAAAGAACUUUUUUGUUUUUCCUUUUUUUUUAAAAAAAUUCAGAUUAUAUGUCUCUAGGACAAUUGUUCAUCGUGUAAAUUGAUUGACAGGGCAGGAAAUGUUUGCUUGUGGUGGUGGGUUAUGUUCAGUUUAGGGCUGACCUUAAUCCAGUUCUUCCCUUAUUGAAGUGAAAAUUUUUUAUCUAGACGUGACAGAUGGUGAUGUACUGCCAUAUAGGAGAAACUUCAUGUGAUGUGCAUAUUUCACACGGGUGAGAUUCAUAGGCAUUCAGUCUUCUAGGCUUGUAUGGUAUUUGCUUUGUAUGUUAUUAAUGGA